GUUUAGUCUAGGAAAUGGGGAAAUGUGCAUGACUCCCCCACUUUAUACCAAUCUUGAGAUUGUGCAGAGCACUUGUUUGCGAUUCAAUCAUUUGCACUGCAUCGAACAACACGCAUCUGUGCUGACAACUGUCAUCGCAAACUUGAGAAAAUGGAUGGAUUAAAAAUGGAGCCGCUGGUCGAUGACGACAAUGAAAGGUUAUCUAAGGACUGCGGCUACAUGUACGGAAAGGGUUUUGUCCGCAGUCAGCCGGAUGGAUUGCUGAUGCCCGCGGAAUUCGUCGAGGUGGCCCAAAAGGUGCAGGACUUUGAGGUCCGGCCCGAUGAUAUCUGGGUGGUUACCUUCCCAAAAUGCGGAACAACCUGGACUCAGGAGAUGGUUUGGCUACUGAAAAACGAGCUGAAAUACGAAGAGGCGAAAAAAGUGCCUCUCGUUAAAAGAUUCCCCUUCUUUGAAGUCACGUCUUUGGCGUCCAAGUUUUUUGAGGUGCUGACCGAUGACAAGGUACCUUUGGAUGCGUCACUAAUUGAUUUGGAAAAAGCAAGCGGGCCGAGAUUCAUCAAGACGCAUUUGCCAGUGAAAUUUCUUCCCAAGUCGUUGUGGACCGUCAAGCCAAAGAUUAUUUACGUGGCGCGCGAGACAAAAGACGUGAUUGUCUCCUAUUUCCACCACCAACGCCUCAUGGUCGGAUACACGGCUGAUUUUGAGACAUUCUGCCGCAGUUUCAUGAAUGAUGAAGUGCUCUACAGCCCAUUCUGGCCGCACGCUCUUGACUUCUGGAAAUUGCGGAACGAGCCAAAUAUUUUGUUCAUCACUUACGAAGAAAUGCAAAAGGACUUGGCUGGCAUCGUGAACAAAACUGCUGAUUUUCUUGAGGUUCAGAUCAGUGAUGAAGAAUUGCAGAAUUUGUGCAACCACCUCAGCUUCAAGGAAAUGAAAGGCAACAAAUCAGUAAAUUUUGAAAUUUACUCGGAGGUUCUGAGGGAGAAGAAAGUCUCAAGCGAUGAGAAUUGCAACUUCAUGAGGAAGGGAAAAGCCGGUUCGUGGAGGGAGCAGAUGUCUGAAAGUCUCGCAGUGGAGGUUGAUGCUUGGACGAAGCAACAGCUCAAGAACUCAAACUAUGUGGCUUCCAGCGCAGUCAGUGACUUACAGCAGCGCUGCACAGUUCAUCGCGCUGCUCUACUGUGUGGCGUUAACAUGGAAAAAGCCGAGUUUCGGUACGAGCCGGCCGAAAUUGAUCGGCACGGCGUAUUCAACGCUACUUCCGGCUACUUCCGCAGCAUCCCAGAUGGAUUUCUCAUGUCCGCUGGAUUUGUCGAGGUAGCUCAAGACAUAAGGGAGCUUGAAGUUUACCCAGAUGACACGUGGGUCUUGACCUUUCCCAAAUGCGGCACCACCUGGACACAGGAAAUGGUUUGGCUCAUCAACAACGGACUGGAUUUCGCCAAGGCGAAAGAGAUUUCUAUAUCUGACCGAUUCCCUUUCAUCGAGGCCUCAGCACUCGCUCCCGAUUUAAUGGAGUGCAUUUCAGAAGGCACUCGGAGCGACAUUCGUGGCAGAAUCAAAUUUGUCAAAAACAUGCAGCGUCCCAGGUUUAUAAAAUCGCAUUUUCCGCUCAAAUUUCUUCCAACGCAACUUUGGACUAAGAAACCGAAGAUAAUUUACGUUGCAAGAGAAGUGAAAGACGUGAUUGUGUCCUACUACUACCACAACAAGAUUUUUGACGGCUACAAGGCAAACUUGGAGACGUUUUGCAAGGGAUUCAUGAAAGAUGAAAUUAUGUACUGCCCUUUUUGGGGCCACAUCACGGAGUUCUGGAAGCACAGACAUGACCUUGGCCUGCUUUGGAUUAACUAUGAAGAUAUGCAAAAAAACUUGGCUGAGGUGGCGAGAAAAGUUGCUGAUUUUUUCGGGAAGUCGCUCACCGAGGAGGAGGUGCAGCUUUUGUGCCAACACUUGAGCUUCAAGGAAAUGAAAUCCAACAAAAGCGUCAAUUCCGAGGAAAUUGUGCAACUUCUGCGCUCGAAGAAAAUCAGCAGCGCCGGCAACAACGGAUUCAUCCGUAACGGAAAGUCUGGCGCCUGGAAAGAAGAGAUUUCUGCAGAAUUGGCCAAAGAAGUCGAUGAAUGGUCUUUAACACAAAUAAGAGGGACUGAUUAUUUUACUGAUGUGUAUUCAGUAAGAAAUAGUCAUGCAUGAAUGUGUAUCAUGGAGCAAUAAACUUCUCGUCUCUUGA